AUGAGCGCGACGGCCUGCUCUCCGGGGACCUCCCCUCGCUCCAGAAGGCUGACAACCCCCCAUGUCUCAUCCAGAUAUGCUAGUUCUCACUCUCCGAGUCAGGAGGACUUUACUCCUCUCCCUUCAAUCAAUGAGCGCUUGGCCUUUCUCCGUCCCUCCCGGGAGCUACUGGAAUACUACCGCAAGAAGAUUGCUGACUUUGAUGAGGAACAUGAGGAUUUGGUAAAAAGGCUGGAGAAAUACAAAGAAACAUAUGAUGAGCAGCACAAAUUGCAAUGGGAAGUACGUCAGCGAGAAGAGGAGAUUGCGGAGUUGCAAAAGGCUUUGAGUGAUAUGCAAGUCUACCUGUUCCAGGAGAAGGAACAUGUCCUUCGUCUUUACUCAGAGAAUGACCGUCUGAAAAUCAGGGAAUUGGAGGAUAGAAAAAAAAUUCAACAUCUCCUGGCUUUAGUGGGAACAGACAAAGGAGAAGUUACGUAUUUUCACAAGGAGCCUCCACAUAAGGUUACUGUUCUGCAAAGGCCAGCUAAAUCCAGAGAGUCACAGGAACAAGAUGAUACUUCCAGAACAGGCACCAAGAGGAGCACUUCAAAACGAGCAGCAAAAGGAGAGAAACCAGAAAGUCCUGAGAGAUAUCAGAGAGAUAAUCAAACACUUCUACUUCAGGUGGAGGCUCUGCAAGCUCAGAUAGAAGAACAGACACGAUUAUCCAAGGAACAGGUUGAGGCACUACUAGAGGACAGGCGGAUUCACAUGGAGGAAGCCCAGGUCCAACAUCAGAGGGACCAGGACAAGAUCAAAACUAUAACAGAUAAACUCCAUAAGACCCAAAAUCUCUUAUAUGAGAGUACUCGUGACUUUCUCCAGCUCAAGUUUGAUGCCCGAGCCAAUGAGAAAGCAUGGAUGGCAGAGAAGGACAGUCUGUUGAGGAAACUUGACAAAGAUCUGGAUCAGCUUAUCAGCAGGGAGCCAGGAAGAGAGAAGAAGCAGAGAGAUACCAAGAAGAUGCUUCGAGCAGAUGAUGGAGCUUGGAAACUCCACAGCAGAGAAAUAAAGUCACUGCAAGAACAGCUAAUGCAGGAGCAGCACCUAUCAAACAUGUAUAGAGAACAGUGUGUCACCCUGGAAGGUGAGCUGGCUAGGAUUCGUGAGGAGGGAGAUGCUGGCAGAGAACUCUUUAAGGAACGCUCAGAAAAGAUGGGGAAGCGCCUGAAGCUGAUGACUCAGCGAUAUGAGGCCUUGGAAAAACGUCGUAAUAUGGAAGUGGAAGGCUUCAAGAAUGACAUUAAACAGCUUCGGCAGGAGCUGAAAGAUGUAGAGAAGCAGCUUUUUAAGGUGACUCUGAAUAUCGGACCAGACCAGGAUCUUGCAAUUCUACAUGAGAUCCGCCAAGGAAACAGACUAACCCGUAAAAUUCAAGGAGAACUAAAAAACUUAAAAGCAAAAAUCUAUGGCUUAGAGAAUGAACUACGGAUCUGUUGAGGCUGAGGUAUUAGCUGGCAUCCUAGUUUUA